ACAAUCGAUAUGACUGCUUGAGUAAGGUUAACUUUGGUUAGGUUUUAAAAAUUCUUCUGUGCAUUGACUCCAAAUCAAAUUGACAAUUGCAAUUGAAACAAUUUUCUGUUUAUCUAAUGAUGAAAUUUUGUCAUUACACUGAUCACACCAGUACUCAAAGAUCUAAUCGAUAUUAAAAAUUAGUUCAAUUAGUCACGUAAGCAGGUAAGCACUCAAAAAUAAUGCCAUGUUUAAGAUUACAUUUGUCUGUACCGUGUUCGGUUCAGGACAAAAAAAAAGUAUAAAAGGCAAAUGCUAAGGUGAAUGAAAGAUCAGUUGUUUUGAAAUAACCGAACAAAAUGGCUAAAUUUGUUGCCUUCGCCGCCAUUUUGGUAGCACUUGCUGUUGCCAAUGCUGUGCCAAUAAAGCAGGAGUCUGCAGCUCAAAAAGCACGUUAUGCUAUGAGCAAAACUAGCUGGGUAUCCAUUGCAACCAUUUCGACGACUGAAGGCAUUCAGGACUACCCGAUGGUCAAUGUGAAGAGUACCGCUGACGCAGGAACUGGCAUCCCGUAUUUGUUCUUCUCUGAUCUGGAUCUUUCUGUAAUUGACAUCAACUCUAAUCCCAAAGCGUCCAUCCUCGCCACAUUGGCUGAUGGUGACUGUGUCGAAGGCAGCUUGGACCCUCAAGAUCCUCGUUGUCCUAGGUUGAUUCUGACCGGAACAGUUGUUAAAGUCGAAGAUAGUCAAGAAGAGAAGCUGGCGAGAUCUGCUUUGUACGCUAAUCAUCCCGAUAUGGAAAUGUGGGCAGGUGUUCAUGAUUUCUACAUUUCCAAGAUGAACAUUGAGCGUGUCACCUAUUUAGGUAACUUUGGUGGUGCCGAUAUUAUCGAUCCAAGUGAAUAUUUGGCAACUAAACUUUAAAUAUUCUGUUGUUAUCGUUAUUUUGAUGUGAUAUUUGAUUAAAUACCUGUUAUUAUAAACACA